AUGAAAGGUGUUUGGCGCGAUGGUAUGUCUGCCGAGUUCACCAAAGUCGCCCUAGAAAACUGCGUGCCCCUUGACGAAGUCAGGCUAUGCCAGGACCUGGGCUAUGGCGCUCAGGAUCUGGUAUAUAUGAGCCACCUCCUCGCGCCUUUCGGCGGCCCCCGAGACAUCAGGCUUGAGCCGGUCGCCAUUGCCAUGGGCGCCAGGGUCAUUGCCAAAGGAUGGCCCACUGCCAGCGUCGAUGCGGUCAAGAUUACGCGAGACGAGGAGAAAGAUGCCCUGUUUUCCCAGGCGAACUAA